AUGGCCGACAUCGAAGCCUCCAAGCGCGCCGCGGCCAAGGCUGCUGUCGCAAACCACUACCCUAAGGACGCCCGCUGGGUCGGCAUUGGCAGCGGCACGACCAUCGUCUACGUCGUCGAGGCCAUCCAGGCCCUCGGUGUCGACACCUCUCUCACCCACUACGUGCCUACGGGCUACCAGUCACGCCAGCUGAUUGUCAGCGCUGGUCUGACUGCCGUCGAGUUUGACGCCAUCCCCCAGGGUACCGUGCUGGAUGUGGCCUUUGACGGCGCGGACGAGGUCGACGACGAGCUGAACUGCAUCAAGGGCGGCGGCGCAUGUCUUUUCCAGGAGAAGAUUGUAGCAAUGCAGGCCAAGGAGUUUAUCUGUGUUGCCGACUCGCGCAAGCUCCAGUCCCGCCUCCUCUCAAACUGGAAAUACGUCCCCAUCGAAGUCGCUCCCAUCGCCGCCUACCGCGUUAUCCGUAAGCUGACUGAACUCGGCGCCGUCAACCCUGUCCUCCGCCAAAACUUGAACGUCAAGGAGGGUCCUCUGAAGACCGAUCAGGGCUUCUUCCUCGUUGACGCGCCCUUCCCACCCAUGCUCACCAAGUCGGAUGUCCAGGCUGGCAAGGUUUCCGGCCAGAACGGCGCUUGGGAGGUGGGUGACCUUGCCCGGAGGAUCAAGGACAUUGCCGGUGUCCUGGAGGUGGGCAUUUUCUCCGGCCAGACUGGUCCCGAGGCUACUGCUGCUGGAGGUGUUGGUGGUCAGCGACCUGUUGCGGCGUACUUCGGUAUGCCUGAUGGGUCUGUGUCGGUCCGCAAGGCCACGUCCUAA